UAUAGGAGGAGUCAGUGAGGAAUUUCUGAAUGUACCGACACGCUAAAAUAUCACUUCGAAUACCAUUUCAAUUGCUUAUCAGCUGUAGAGCGCGAGAAUAGUAAAUACAAAAGUAACCCGAAGUUGUAUUAGAGGCGUCUCUUCCUCCACCACACUGAGGUCUGCGCUAAAAGCGGCGAGAAGGAACGGAGAGAUUAGGGCAGUAGUUUGGGGUCUCUGUUAUGUUUUAGCUGACGCUUGAAGCUCUGGAUUCGAAGAUCUACAGGUCCGCCUGUUUUUCAAUCUACAUUCAUUCACGCCAGUCUUACAACCAUCAUACUCUACCUCGUUGCAUCUUUGUGGAGCACUGGACAACGAAGGACUACGCGUGCUUUGUGGGGUUUCGAGAGCUAAUAGGAACAGGAGGGGUGAGAACAGAGAAACCAUCCUUUGACCUGAACCCUGAACUACAUCCAAGAACUCAUGGGGCUCGGGGAGGCUUCAGCGAGGGGGACGAGCAUGGAAGGAGACUGCCUCUCCUGCAUCAAGUACCUCAUGUUUGUCUUCAACUUAUUGAUCUUUUUGGGUGGCUCUUUUCUGCUUGGUGUUGGGGUGUGGGUAGUGGUGGACCCCACUGGUUUUAGGGAGAUAGUGGCAGCCAACCCCCUUCUCUUCACAGGAGUUUAUAUCAUCCUGACCAUGGGGGCAAUGCUUUUCCUGCUGGGGUUCCUUGGAUGCUGCGGAGCCAUACGAGAAAACAAGUGUCUGCUGCUCUUUUUCUUCAUGCUGAUCCUUAUUAUUUUCCUGGCAGAACUGGCGGCAGCCAUUCUAGCCUUUAUCUUCCGGGAACAUCUGACCAGAGAAUACUUUACUAAGGAACUGAAGAGUCACUAUCAAGGUUACAACAACACUGAUGUCUUCACAUCAACGUGGAACGCCAUUAUGAGCACAUUUGACUGCUGUGGAGUUAACAGUCCAGAAGACUUUGAGGAAAGCCUCUUCAGGCUCAUAAAACCCAGUGAAUUGGUGCCAGAGUCCUGCUGCCGUAGGAACAGUCACCUUGGAGAAAUAGGCUUCAGUAACAAGGACGAAUGCUUGUCGGGCAGCAUGCUGUACCGGAAUAACAAGGGCUGCUAUUCAGCGGUUGUGGACUACUUUGAGAUGUACAUUUAUGUGGCUGGUGCUCUGGCAAUUGUUGUACUCACAAUUGAGCUCUUUGCUAUGGUAUUUGCUAUGUGUCUCUUCAGGGGAAUCCAAUAGAUCAUGUACAUUGAAAGACUUAAAAAAAAAAAAGAAAGGAAAACACCACAAAAGAAAAUGGAACCACUUGUUAAAGAAUGUUUUACGCCAUUUUAUAUCUCUAAAAUUAUUAAGAAAAAAAUAAAUAAAUCAUUGACCUAUACUUCACAGCUGGACCUUUGAGGUACUAGGUAACAAAAAUAAAACAUUGAUCAAAAAAUAAAAUAAAAAAAGAACAUUCUUUGAAUACUGCAAAUACAGGCUUUUUGUCAGGAAGCCCAUAUGUAAUUUUGACCAGGUAUUAAAAUCCAGAUAAAGCCUGAAAAAAGGAUAAAGAAGAUGGUGCUGCACUGAUUUUGGAUGAAGAAUAUUUAUACUGAUAAAUGCUGGCUUGUUUGUAUAGGCAUUUGUGCUUUUAGUAAAUAAAUAGACCAAACCACUCUUCUCUCACAAACACAUUACCACACUCAUUGAAUGCAAGCUUCCACAAGCACAUUAUAUUAGUGUUGUAUAGUCAUGUGAAUUUCAAUUUUGAUCUGUUCUUGUGUGUGUGUGUGUGUGUGUGUGUGUGUGUGUGUGUGUGUGUGUGUGUGUGUGUGUGUGUGUGCGUGUGUGCGUGUGUGCAUGCGGAGGGUGAAUAUCCCUCUUUCCCUGCUUGAAGACCAGCAUCUGUUUUUUUUUUUUUUUUUUGGUGUGUUUUUUUUUAUUGUGAUGUUUAUUGCAAUAGUAAUUAUAUGUGAUUUAGCUGAAAUUGAUGUGUAUGCAUUUGUAUUGACGAUUAACAUUAAAUAAAUCUC